AUGAAGUCUCUAGUACUAGCAAUGCUCCCAGUGUUUUCAAUCCUUGGAGUAAUAUCACCAGUUUCAUGCGAUACAAGUUCAUCUUCAGUUGAAACCACUUUUCUCCAAUGCCUUUCAAACCAUUCUCAGUUCUCUAAUUCAAUCUCUGCAGUCGUUUACACCUCCGACAACGCCAAUUUCUCAUAUGUCCUGAGUUCUUAUGUGAGAAACCUCCGAUUUUCCACUCCCACAACCCCGAAACCACUGCUAAUUGUGGCGGCCAAACACUAUUCACAUGUUCAAGCCACUGUUGUUUGUGCCAAAAGUGUAGGCUUAGAAAUCAGAAUAAGAAGUGGUGGUCAUGACUAUGAGGGCCUGUCAUAUGUCUCCCGCAAACCUUUUAUUGUUCUCGACAUGUUUAAUCUCCGGUCCAUCAAUAUUGAUCUGGCUGAUGAAAAUGCUUGGAUACAAUCUGGAGCAACUCUCGGAGAACUUUACUAUGCGAUUUCUGCAAAGAGCAAAGUCCAUGGAUUCCCAGCUGGUGUCUGCCUUACUCUAGGUGCUGGUGGACACUUCACAGGAGGUGGUUAUGGUAACAUGAUGAGAAAAUAUGGACUCUCUAUUGACAACAUUGUCGAUGCACAAAUAGUCAAUGUAAAGGGUGAGAUACUCGACAGGAAGUCAAUGGGAGAAGACCUCUUUUGGGCCAUAAGAGGAGGUGGUGCAGCAAGUUUUGGAGUCAUUCUUGUUUGGAAAGUCAAGUUGGUUAAGGUUCCUGAGAAGGUGACGGUGUUCCAGGUCGAAAGGACAUUAGAACAAGGUGCAACAGACAUUGUUGUGCAGUGGGAAAGAAUUGCUGAUAAAAUAGACAAUGAUCUAUUCAUAAGACUGAUGCUAGCACCAGGGAAUGGGAGCAGAAAAGGUGAGAAGACAAUCACGGCCACUUUUAUUUCCUUGUUCCUUGGGGAUUCUGGAAAGCUUCUGAGACUACUGAAUAAAAGCUUGCCUCAGUUAGGUUUGCAGCAGAAGGAUUGCGUCCAAAUGAGCUGGAUUGAAUCAAUUCUGUUUUGGGCUGGUUAUCCUAAUGGAACUUCUCUCGAUGUUUUGCUCAGUAGAGUUCCCAAGGGACUAACAUACCUGAAGCGGAAAUCAGAUUAUGUGCAGGAACCGAUUUCUAAGAAAGAUUUGGAAGCUUUGUGGAAAGUAAUGAUAGAAAUUGGGGAUGGCGGGAUGCUGUGGAAUCCUUAUGGAGGAAAAAUGAGCGAGAUUUCAGACGGUGAAACUCCAUUUCCACAUAGGAAAGGCAACAUAUUCAAGAUCCAAUAUUCAUUUAACUGGAAAGAUGGAAGGAUAGAGACUACCAACAGGUACUUAAAUUUGACUAGAAAACUUUAUGAAGCAAUGACUCCUCAUGUGUCCAAGAAUCCAAGGGAAGCUUUUCUCAACUAUCGGGAUAUCGACAUUGGCACCAACACAAGGGAUGAAUACAAGGAAGGAGAAGUUUAUGGGUUUAAGUACUUUAAGCAUAAUUUUGACAGAUUAGUCCAGAUCAAAACAAAGGUAGACCCUGAUAAUUUCUUUAGAAAUGAACAGAGCAUUCCAACUCAUACGCCCAGAGAAUUAUGA